UUGGUUCAUGCCUGUUUUGUUACAGAACAAGGAGCGCUCACGAUAGUCCGCCGUUCUUCCAGCCGUGGGAAGACGGAAUGCUCUCCACCUACAGAUGAACAACUUGAUCAGUUAGAUCUCGAGACAGAGCACCUGCCCGCAGUAGACACGCCCGAUGCCUGCGAUAAAGCCGCGCUUAGAUUACGCUACCUCCUUAGACAAUUGAAUAAAGGCGAAAUACCAGCCGAGAAUCUACAAAAAAAUCUUCAAUACGCAGCCAAAGUAUUAGAAGCUGUCUACAUAGACGAGACCAAGGAUAGGAGAGAUGCUGAGCGGUCUCGGGCGCAGCAGCCGAUCCUCCACACGCGACGGCUCCGUACACCAUGCUGGACGAGGUGUUCUGUAGAAAAACCGAUCGAAGCAAAGUUAAUACCGUUACAUCAACGCCGGCAAUGGCCAAGUAGUCGCGCCUCCCUUCUGUCCAAUCUGUGCGAUUAG